GCAACCUUUCAGUUGACUCAAUGCCUUACUUACGUGCAAGCAACGAAACAGAGUCAAGUCUACAUGAACAUGGCGGUCUUGGCGCUUUCGAGGGGGGUGGUCAAGGGUCUCGCUUCCGGCAUGAGAGAAGCUGCAGCAGGAGAUUGGGCGAUUGUUUUGCCUGAGAAGGAUGUCAACUUGAUUUUGAUGGGGAGAGCGAAAGUCAUCGUCAACAAAGCUUCGAAUUAUACCAAGUGCCUAACUUUUCUGGCCGUAGAUUCCCGCUGCGUAGCGCACAUUCUGAGAGAGUUCCCGGAUGUGGCAAAGAUAGCCACAGCAAUUUUUCUUGUCAGACCAGACAGACUGGGGAAUCACACCAGCCAAUUCCAGAAGCAAGCAAGGAGGGCGAUCAUAAGGUUACUCAACAGCAUGAUGCCGACCUCUCCCAGCUGCAUGAAGAAAGUUGCAGAAGACACUGCUUUCUUGAAGGAAGUUGUGAAGCAUGCGCGGAGCAUGGAGAAACCUUUGAGCGAGAUGAUGCCGAUGAAUGCGCCGCUUCUUCGACAAUCAUAAUCAAUGCUUUACGAAGUGAAGCAGCUGACAUGCAGGCUUUGAGAAGUGAUCUGUACAAGGUUGCAGAAGACAUACUGGGCGAAUCUAUGAGCAGUGAUCAUGUCGACCUGGGAAUCAAGCUCCUCUCUUUGACGUUGGAAAAAGAUUGCUCGGAAACUUUGCCUUCAGAGUACCCGUCUCUUGGUUCAUCCCUGCUUGCCUUGCUCUUUGCGGUCAACAUUCCCAAAGAGACUCAGUUCUAUGCUCACUUUGCGGAGAAGCGAUUCUGGAGCCUCGAUCUGCGGAGUCUUCCCAAGACUGCAGAGUAUGAGGUCCUCUUCAACCUUUUCAAAGCUGACAAGAAAGCACUGAGCAGGGCAGUUCAAGUGAGCAAGAUGUUCUCAAAACCGUCAAACGAUUUGUUCAACAUAGGGUGCGUCGAAACCCCAAAAGUGAGACGAAGGAGAGAGCAAGCUGGGGUCCUUGGUCUGGGGCCUCCGCCGGAACGGUUGCUGCCACUCCUGCGGUGUCGGAAAUGCUCACAACCUGGUUGUGAGAAGGUCGAAAGUGUGGCUGGCACGUUCCAGGUUUGUGGGAGGUGCAAGACUGCUGUCUACUGUAGCAAAGAUUGUCAGAAGCGGGCAUGGAAAGAAGGGCAUAAGGACUUGUGCCACUGAUUGUGGCGGCUGCUGAUUCUCAGGACUUGGCAAUACGUCCGACGAAGAGAAGUUCUUCAUCGGGCCGGCAAUAUGUAGCCUUGAAGCUCCAAGCCGCGGAUGUUCUGUCAAGUACGUAGUGCUAAGACCCCUUCAAUCAUGCACAAAGUGAUGCAUACCAGCUCUCCAAACGUACCCUGAACUUGAUUCCUAAAAUGAAAUUCGCGCUUCCACUGUCUUUCUCUCAUUCUCUUUUG